GCAGCGUGCAGGGGCCUACUCAGCGAACGCAGACUCAAUGGCACAAGGCUACAGGGAGAUGGGGGACUGCAAGGGGCCCCUGAGCAUCUGCCCACCGGCCCCCAACCCCUUCUGGACAGCCGUGUUUGACUAUGAGGCAACGGCAGAGGAGGAGCUCACCCUGUGCAGGGGAGACCUGGUGGAGGUGCUGUCGAAGGACUCCUCAGUCUCUGGCGACGAGGGCUGGUGGACCGGGAAGCUCCAGGACAAGGUGGGCAUCUUUCCCAGCAGUUACGUGUCCAGUGACCCCAAGUACACACAGGUCCCUCCUCCCUUGGAAAUCCCCUUCCAGGAACUGGAACUGGACGAGAUCAUUGGUGUGGGGGGAUUUGGCAAGGUCUACAAGGGGGUCUGGCGAGGAGAAGAGGUAGCUGUGAAGGCCACCCGCCAGGACCCAGAAGAAGAGCUCACCGUAACAGUGGAGAAUGUGCGCCAGGAGGCCCAGCUUUUUGCCAUGUUGCACCACCCCAACAUCAUUGCACUGAAGGCGGUUUGCCUGAGCCCUCCAAACCUCUGCCUGGUGAUGGAAUAUGCCCGUGGAGGGACGCUCAACCGGGCCUUGGCUGGCAAGAAGGUGCCUCCUCAUAUAUUGGUCAACUGGGCUGUCCAGAUUGCGCAGGGCAUGAACUACCUUCACCAUGAAGCCCUGGUGCCUAUAAUUCAUCGGGAUCUCAAGUCCAUCAACAUUCUCAUCUUGGAACGCAUUGAGAACGAGGACUUGAGUGGGCGGACCCUCAAGAUCACUGACUUCGGCUUGGCACGGGAGUGGCACAAGACCACCAAGAUGAGUGCGGCUGGUACUUAUGCCUGGAUGGCUCCAGAGGUCAUCAAGCACUCCCUCUUUUCCAAGAGCAGCGAUGUUUGGAGCUUUGGGGUGCUGCUCUGGGAACUGCUGACGGGUGAGGUGCCGUACCGUGAGAUUGAUGCCCUUGCUGUGGCCUAUGGUGUGGCCAUGAACAAGUUGAUGCUCCCCAUCCCUUCCACUUGCCCUGAGCCCUUUGCCCGCCUCUUAGAAGAAUGCUGGCGCCCAGACCCCCACGCCCGGCCAGACUCCGGCAGCAUCCUGAGGCAGCUGGUGGCGGUAGAGCGCUCCGCCCUGUUCCAGAUGCCCCUGGAGUCCUUCCAUUCGCUACAGCAGGACUGGAAGGUGGAGAUUGCAGGCAUGUUCCAGGACUUGCACGCCAAGGAGAAGGAGCUGCGAAGCUGGGAGGAGGAACUCCUGCAGGCUGCUCAGGAGCAGAAGACACAGGAGGCAGAGCUGCGCCGACGUGAGCAGGAGCUGGCGGAACGGGAAAUCGACAUUGUGGAACGCGAGCUGAGCCUCCUCAUGCUGCAGAUGGGCCAGGAGAAGCCCCGAAUUAGGAAGCGGAAGGGCCACUUCCGGCGCUCCCACCUCAAGCUGCGAGAUGGGCACCACAUCAGCCUCCCUUUGGGCUUUGAGCACAAGAUCACGGUGCAAGCAUCACCUAGCCUUGACUGGCAGAAAGGGCCGGGAACCCACAGAGCCAGCCCUCCGGGAAGCCCUGGCCUCAUCCCACGCCUGCGGGCCAUCCGCUGCUGAAGUCCCUGGCCGAGGGGAGUAAGCAGUGGUCAUCCAGUGCACCCAACCUGGGCAAGUCCCCCAAGCUUGUGCCCCUGGC